CGGACAGUGAAAUACCUCCACCAGGACCUCCAGCCUCUCGUUUUGCUUUGAGAUAUUCAAAAUCUGCUCAUCCUCUCAGGAACUCGUGUUCGAACCUCUUUUUUUCUCUUCUCUUGAAUUUCUUUAUGGUUUUGUGUGAAUUUAUGAUGGGGAAUUAAAAUGGUGAGGAAGAAAAAGCUGCUGGUGUUUGAAAUUUGUGGAAGCAUGAUGUGGGAUGGAUAAACAACUACAAAACUCUAAUAUGGCCUCUAAUGAACUGGACCUUCCUGCCCUCUCCGGUGACCCCCAGCCUGGUGACCUCAUUGAGAUUUUCAGACCAGCCUAUCAGCAUUGGGCUCUCUACCUGGGAGAUGGUUAUAUCAUCAACUUAACUCCUGUUGAUGAGAGCCAGGCAGCCGCCAUGUCCAGUGUGAAGUCUGUCUUCAGCAGGAAGGCAGUGGUACGCAUGCAGCUACUGAAGGAGGUAGUGGGAAGUGAUUCCUACCGUGUCAACAACAAGUAUGACCACAACCACACACCCCUCCCUGUCUGUGAAAUCAUCCAGCGGGCACAAGUCCUCAUUGGCCAGGAGGUCUCUUAUGACUUGCUGGGGAGCAACUGCGAGCACUUCGUUACCCUUCUUCGUUACGGGGAGGGGGUGUCUGAGCAGGCUUCACGAGCCAUUGGGGCCAUCAGUUUGGUGACGGCAGCAGCCAGUGCCUUCUCUGUCCUGGGACUGAUCAACACACGGUCCAGAAACAGGCCUUUCUGACAGCUGUAGUCUUCACUCAAGUGUUUUCCCUAAAUUCAUUUGGCUGUGAUAAAAAAUAACAUA